ACUACUUGUUGACAUAUUCAGAGAAAAUGGCAAAACUAGUUUUCAUGCUCUUUGCGCUGCUUGCCAAUUGUAGGCUAAGUUUACAGGAUGCAGAUUCUGACGGGCUACGGUGGUUCCCAGCAAUAUCUGAGCAGGACUGUAAUGUCGAGGCAACAUUUGAUGGAGAGACGGUUCGUGAAGGGAAGCCAAGUCGAUCCUGUAAAGACGACAAUGAAAGAUUUUGUUUCUGCGGACAAGUAGGGAAAGGGGACAAGGCAGAUUGGAGAUAUCUAUGUGGAACCUGUAAAUUCACUUUCAAGCUGGACAGGGCUAGGCCGGUCAACCAAACCAGUUCGUCAUUUGCCGGCUCAGGAAGGAGAAAUCUGUGAUAAUUCCAACAUUUUGCGCAUUUGUUCUAAAACUUGUAUAAUUCGUGUACAAUCUAUUUUGACGCUAAAAUAAAACAAUUUGAGACUUA